UUGUGUCAUCAGCCUGGUGCUUCUGUGAGAAAGUUCCACUGCAAGAGGCCCCAGAGCAUUACCAUUUCCCUCUUUCGCCCUGUCUGGGUUACCAGCAAAUCCCAAGGGUCCUUGGAGACAACCUUGGUCAGGUCCCGCCAACUGCUUGAAAGAUGAACUCAUGCAUCACUGUGAUGAGGCUGCUGCUGUCUGGGCCUUUUCUCUUUGCCCUGGCCUCCAGCUACAACCUGGACGUGCGGUAUGUGCAAAACUUGUCCUUCCCACACGCCGGGAGGCAUUUUGGGUACCGUGUCCUGCAGGUUGGAAACGGGGUUGUCGUGGGAGCUCCAGGCGAGGGGAGCAGCCCAGGAAGUCUCUAUCAGUGCCAGCCAGACACUGGGCGCUGCCUGCCAGUGAGCCUGAGUGGUUCCAACUACACUUCUAAGUACUUGGGAAUGACCUUGGCGACAGACCUCACAAAUGGAAACCUUUUGGCCUGUGACCCUGGGCUGUCUCGGACAUGUGAUCAGAAUAUCUACCUAAGUGGCCUGUGUUAUCUCUUCCACGAGAAUCUGAAGGGUCCUGUGCUGCAAGGGCGUCCUGGUUAUCAGGAAUGUCUAAAGGGCAACGUAGACCUGGUAUUUCUGUUUGAUGGCUCAAGGAGCUUGCAGAAACAUGAAUUUCAGAAAAUUGUGGACUUCAUGAAGGAUGUGAUGAAGAAACUCAGCAACACUUCCUACCAGUUUGCUGCUGUUCAAUUUUCCACGACCUACAAAACAGAAUUUAAUUUCUUGGAUUAUGUUAAACUGAAGAACCCUGAUUUUCUACUGGGCAAAGUAAAACACAUGGGCCUGCUGACCAACACCUUCGGUGCCAUAAACUAUGUCGCGACCCAGGUAUUCCGGCAGGACCUUGGGGCCCGGCCAGAUGCCACCAAAGUGCUUAUCAUCAUCACUGACGGGGAAGCCACUGACAGUGGCAACAUUGCCGUGGCCAAUGACAUCAUCCGCUACAUCAUUGGGGUCGGAAAGCACUUUGCGACCAAGAAAAGUCAGGAGACACUCCAUGAAUUUGCCUCAAAACCUGCAAAAGAGUUUGUAAAAAUUCUGGACACAUUUGAGAAGCUCAAAAAUCUGUUUACUGAGCUGCAAAAGAAGAUCUAUGUCAUUGAGGGCACAAGCAAGCAGGACCUGACAUCCUUCAACAUGGAGCUGUCCUCCAGUGGGAUCAGCGCUGACCUCAGCGGGGGCCAUGGCAUCGUGGGGGCAGUUGGAGCCAAGGACUGGGCUGGGGGCUUUCUAGACCUGAAGGCAGACCUGCAGGAUGAUACGUUCGUGGGGAAUGAACCACUGACACCAGAAGUGAGAGCAGGAUAUCUGGGUUACACAGUGACCUGGCUGCCCUCCCGAGGUCUCACAUCGCUGCUGGCAGCCGGAGCCCCUCGAUACCAGCAUGUGGGGCGGGUGCUGUUGUUCCAAGAGUCAAGGGACAAAAGACAAUGGAGCCAGAUCCAGAUAAUAAAUGGGACCCAGAUUGGCUCUUAUUUCGGUGGUGAGCUGUGUGGCAUUGACAUGAACCAAGAUGGGGAAACAGAGCUGCUGCUGAUUGGAGCCCCCUUGUUCUAUGGAGAGCAGAGAGGAGGCCGGGUGUUUAUGUACCAGAGAAAGCAGCUGGGGUUCGAAAUGGUCUCAGAACUGCAGGGGGAUCCUGGAUACCCCCUUGGGCGAUUUGGAGCGGUCAUCACUGCCCUGGCAGACAUCAAUGGCGAUGGGCUGGUGGACGUGGCUGUGGGAGCCCCUCUAGAGGAGCAGGGGGCUGUGUACAUCUUCAAUGGGCAGCCUGGUGGGCUGAGCCCCCAGCCAAGUCAGCGGAUAGAAGGGACCCAGGUGUUGCCAGGAAUUCAGUGGUUUGGACGCUCCAUCCAUGGGGUGAAGGACCUUGGAGUGGACGGCCUGGCAGAUGUGGCUGUGGGGGCUGAGGGUCAGGUGAUCGUGCUGAGCUCACGGCCUGUGGUCGACGUCAUCACUCUGAUGUCCUUCUCCCCGGCCGAGAUCCCAGUGCAUGAAGUAGAGUGCUCCCACUCAACCAUCAACAAGAAGAAGGAAGGAGUUAACAUCACAGUCUGUUUCCAGGUCAAGCCUCUCACCCUCCAGUUUCAAGGACUCCUGGUUACCAACAUCACUUACACUCUGCAGCUGGAUGGCCAUCGAACAAGAAGCCGGGGACUGUUUCCAGGAGGGAGACACGAACUCAGCGGGAGCACAGCUGUUACCAUAGACAAGUCCUGCACUAAGUUCUGGUUCCACUUCCCGGUGUGCAUUCAGGAUCUCAUCUCUCCCAUCAAUGUCUCUCUAAAUUUCUCUCUCCUGGAGGAAGAAGGGACACCAGGAGACCAAUGGGCGGGCAAGGACAUGCAGCCCAUCCUGAGACCCUCGCCGCACUCAGAGACCAAGGAGAUCCCUUUUGAGAAGAACUGUGGAGAGGACAAGAAAUGUGAGGCAAACCUGGGGCUGUCCUUCUCCCCGGCAAGGUCCAGAGUCCUGCAUCUGACCCCCUCUGCCAGCCUCUCCAUGGAGCUGACACUGAGUAACUCGGGAGAAGACGCUUACUGGGUCCAGCUCAGCCUGACUUUCCCCUGGGGACUCUCCUUCCGCAAAGUGGAGAUGCUCAAGCCCCACAGCCAGGUACCUGUGAGCUGCGAGGAGCUUCCUGAGGUGCCCCAACUUCUGACCAGGAGCCUCUCUUGCAACGUGAGCUCUCCCAUCUUUAAAGCAGGCAGCUCGGUUGUUAUCCAGGUGAUGUUUUACACACUGCUGAAUAGCUCCUGGGGGGACUUCGUCAAUCUACACGCCAAUGUGAGCUGUGACAACGAGGACUCGGGCCUCCUGGAGGACAACUCGGCCACCACCAGUGUUCCAGUCCUGUACCCCAUCCACAUCCUCACCCAAGACCUGGAAAACUCCACAUUCUACAUAAGUUUCACCCCCAGGGGUGCCAAGGUCCACCAUGUCAAGCACAUCUACCAGGCGAAAAUUCAGCUGUCUGUCCAUGACCACAACAAGCCCCCGCUGGAGGCCUUGAUUGGGGUACCUGCAUUCCACAGUGAGGGGCUCAUUACUCAAGAGUGGAUUGUGCAGACGGAGCCUCCUGUCGCCUGCAACUCUGAGAAUCUGGAAAGGCCGCCCAAUGUGGCUGAGCAGCCUUGUUUGCCUGGAGUCCAGAUCCGCUGCCCAAUGGCCUUCCAGGAGGAGAUCCUCGUCCAAGUGGUCGGGACUGUGGAGCUGGUGGGGGAGAUCAAGGCCUCGUCCAUGUUCAGCCUCUGCAGCUCCCUCUCCAUCUCCUUCCAAAGCAGCAAGCACUUCCACCUCUAUGGCAGCAACGCCUCCCUGGCCCAGGUCGUCAUGAAGGUUGACGUUGUAUAUGAGAAGAAUAUGCUCUAUCUCUACGUGCUCAGCGGCAUCGGGGGGCUGUUGUUGCUGCUGCUGAUUUUCCUGGUGCUCUACAAGGUUGGCUUCUUCAAACGGAACCUGAAGGAGAAGAUGGAGGCUACAGCCGAUGCCUCCGAUGGAAUCCCUGGAGAAGACUCUGGGAAGCUGGCGUCUGAGGAGGAGGCCGUGGAUCCGAGCCGCGUGGAUCUCCUUCAAAAGGAGGAGGCCCAGGAUGGAGGCGGCGCAUACUGAAGCCCGGCCUGAGGCAGAGGGCCCAGGAUUGGACUUGGGAAGCCUGGUGCCAGUCUGCCUCUACCUGCCCGCCACUCUGUGUCCCCUGGCAAGUCACUGCCCCUCUCUAAGCUCCAGUUUUUCGGUCUUGAACAUGGAGCUCACUCCUGCCUGCCUCCUUUGCAGGCUCAUGGUGAGGAUUCACCGAGGGAUGGGACAAGAAGGCUACCAAGGUGAGGCCCUGUAAUUAUCAGAUAGUCCUGGCUUCUACCAGCCUCUUAGUUUCCUCCCCUAGAAGAAAAUGUGUGAUCUAAAUUUGGAGAAACUGUAGUCCCAGGAUCUAGUGACAUUCCCAGGCCUUACACCCACCUGCCCUUGGAGAUCCACAGAAGCCCCAGACUCCCAGAACUUUGCCCUGCACUGUCUCUGCACGGAGUCCAGCCCACUUUCCAUUCUGCUGCCAGAGCAGAUGCGAUGUGUCACUACAUUGCUGCUGCAGACUCCUUGCUCUUUAGCUAAAGACCAAAUUCCUUAAUGUGUCUCCCCAAAUCUGCAAAAUACUCUUACUAUGCCAAUGCCGGAUUGGGCCCUGCUGCCUUCCUGGCCUCCUGUAGAGACAUCCCACCUCCCUUCUAAGCUCCAGUUACACAGGCCUUUCUCACCUGCCAAGCUUUGUCCUGUCCCACUGCCUUCACCCGGACUGCUUUCUCUGCCUGGAACAUUCCUCCCUCUUCCUGGCUAACUCUCAUCGGUCUUCAGAUCUCAGCUCAUACAUCACUUCCUCGGGCAGCUCCCCAUGCCCACCAUUUGGGUUCCCAAAUUACGCAUGCUUACACUAGCGUGCGACUACCCAUCACAGCAGGGAUAUGUGUUCAUUGUUAAAUGGUUUACUUCAUAUCAGUAUCUUAAAUUAAACAAGUGAACUUCAUAGGUGGGGACCAUACCUUGGGGUCCCUGAUGGUAUCACAGAGCCAGAUACAUAGUUGGUGCUUGACGUGAUUUCACUCAAUUAAUGAGGGAGUCAUUGGGAAGAUGGAAAAAAAAGUUUGGGUGGGUCCAUGGCAUCCCAUUCUUAAAGGCUCAGUCUUCCCCAGGCGCCUGCUCCCUCACUCCACGGUCCCCUCCAGGACUCCAUCACACCCCCACUGUGGUCCCCACUGUGAGACUCUGAGCUCAAGGGUGGGGACCAUGUCCAUUCACCUGGCUCUCAGUGCUAAGCACACUGCCUGUGUAUAGUUAUCCAAUUAAUGUGAAAUUCUUUCCAAUUUUGAGAUGUUUCUGUGCUGGUGCAACAUUCCAGCCUGGCUCAAUUAAAUGAACAUUUUCUUCUCGACACUUUCACUAUGUGGGACCCAAACAGUAGCUCUCAUUUCUCUUUUCCUUUCUCUUCUCUCUCUCUCUUCUGGGGUCCCAAGACUGACCUGCACCUGCUAUUGUGGGCUAGUUCAAAAAAGAAGCAGGGAGAGAAACACAGGAAGUGAGGAAAGGUUAAGGAAGCAUUGACAAUUUGCUAAGAUGUGAGGGUAGACUCUCCCUAGCCCUCCCCCCUUUUUAAAACCCUGAGGCUCCCUCCUUUAGAAGGGACAGAGGAACCAGUCACUACUGCCCUCUUGUGGUCCAUUUUAACUAUCAGGAAUAUCACAGACCUACUAAAAGUACGUAAAGUGUAGGUCUCGAGAAGCCUGUCAGGUUGUGUUCAUUUAUGCGGUAUUUCUUGAGUGCUUUGUGUCAUACUCUGUUCUGUGCUCUGACAACAUGGGAUGAACAUGACAGACAAGUUCCUGCCCUCGGGAAGCUUCACUCCAGUGAGAAAACAGUAAACAAGUAGAAAUGAGAUUCCAGGUAGUGAUAGGGCUGUGAAGAAAAUAAAGCAAGAUAAUGGGUUAGACAGUGAUGGAGAAGGUCCCUUUAGAUAGGUGGUCAGGAAAGUCUCUCUAAGGAGGUGAUAGUCCAGCUGGUGUAGCUCAGUGUUUGAGUGUCGACCAAGAGGUCUCUGGUUUGAUUCCCUGUCAGGACACAUGCCCAGGUUUCUACCUCAAUCCC